UGAUCACAUGGUGGCGACAUCAUCAAAGGUCGCCUGUAGCUAGCAUUUGCCCUUUUUGCAAUGGAAGGGAAGGAGUACUUGGAUAUCUAUGGGAACAAGAUCACGCUACAGCAGCAGUCGUACAGCGACACCUGCCAGGACUUCACCAUCACCAGCUCCAAGAUUUCUCUCCGCUCCCUCACCACCUGGACGUGCAUUGUGUGGGUAGUCGCUUAUGUCAUAUUCAUCUACACACAGCACACCGCAGUCCUGACAGCAGCCAUCUUGUUCUCCAUCAUAGGGCUUCUCCUUUACCUGCACCUGGUGAAGGUAGAUCAUGAGUCCCUGCUCAUCCUGGGCUCCCUGGGGAUCCAGAGAACCUCGACGUACGCUUCUGGCCGGGAGAAUACAGUCUUCGUAGAGAUGUGCCGGGUCCAAGACGUGGUCAUCAAUGAGGGCAUCUCCAUGCACAGGGUGAACUACUACUUGUGCCUCCUCCUCAAAGAUCCCAGUGACCCUCAGGCUGGGGUGUCCAAGGUCGUUCCCAUCUUCCAGAGCUCACAGCCCCGACUGGACUGCCUGGUGGAGAUUUACAGGAGCUGUCAGGAGAUCUUGUCGUCUCACAAGAGAAAAUAGGCAGGCCGAUGUGGACUUGAGAGUGAAAAAAGGUGGACUUGUGACCAAAUUCUGAGGUAGACUAUGCCACAGAUUCACCACUCUUACAGCAAAGAACCAGCUCCUAGAGCGACUGUUCCACAGAUUCACAGCUCUUUUGGCAACGAAACAUCUCUUGGGGAGUCUAUUCCACAGAUUCACAGCUUUUACAGUAAAGAACCAGCUCCUGGAGCGACUAUUCUACAGAUUCAUAGCUUUAAUAGCAAAGAACCAGCUGGGUGACGGCAUGAUGUCAGAGCGCUAUGUAUGGACUAUGCUAGAUUUAUUGAAUUAGGGGGGUGUUUUUGAUCAGCCCUCAACUAAAAAUGAUUUAUACGUAGGGAUGAGCGAAUCGACUUCGGAUGAAACAUCCGAAGUCGAUUCGCAUAAAACUUCGUUCUAAUACUGUAC